GCAUCUCAAAUCCAAAUCCAUUUAUACUGCUUGUCUUGUAGAGGGCUGCAGAGUGUAGGACUAAAUAUGUUUGUUUAGUUUGGAGGACUGGUUAAAAAUGCAUCUGUUCUCUUAGUGCUGUUACACUUGCAUGAUUGUCACUUUGUGCAUGCAGUUUCUUCUGCUAUACGUUACCGUCUAUCCAUCUUUCUCUUAGGGAUGCUUUUCAAUCAUGGCAUUUUUUAAUUCCCCACAGGAGAAACUGGUAGUAAUACCUACUACGUGCCUCACUGCAAGUCUCCAAAAGACUCCCUCUCUCUAUCUUUUACUGGGGCUGCGGUCACGUGUUUAGGUGUGAAACUACGUUAAGUCACAGGUGAACAGCAGCGUUAGUCCACUCCUGUCCUCUGCCAGACGCAAACAACGGGAGGAAGAAACCUCACGAUUCAUCACAGACCAAUAAUCAGCCGUCUGAGUUUUGAAACAUGUUUUCAAAACCCUGGGUAGAGAAAUAUUUCUUGAUCUGACCCAAGAAUCUGAAAUGGACAUGCGUGCAGCGGAGCAAGAGAGGAACUCUUAAUAAAUGCGGUGAAGUGUCAGAAGGAUUUCUUUCUCUUUACGGUCUCCGGCUUGUCUUUUGUUGCUGUGCAGGGACGACGCGUGAUGCACUGGACUUAAUAUCGACCAGCGAAUUCGCAGGCUAAUGAAACACUUUGUCAUUCCGUUUCUUUCUUUGCGUUUCUGUAACCCUGUGAGAAAGCAGCAAAACAUCACUGUAGUGCAGUGGCGAUGGACCUUCGCUUCCAGAUCCUGGCUAUGCAUGCUUUUGAGUCACCCCCCAUUUGCGUGCCUGCUUUUGUGAAAUGCGUUACUUAUGAAUAUAUGUCCUGCUUGUCUGACUUUUUAAAAGAGAUGCGGAUGCUCAGAAUGUUUUUCAGUCGGUGUGCAUGAGAGAUGGCGUCCAAACCGCCCCAAGUCCAACAGUCUUUAUAUGCACAUUUGACCUGUUCGGAUGGAUAAUGGCAGUUUACUCCACAGGUGAAUGAAUAUCGGCUCAGCUUAUAUUAAUAGGUUGUAUUCUGAAGCUAUUUUCUAAUUAGACUGAUCUUCACGCACACUGACAAUGGAUCUCAAAGUGGAAGCCGAAGAAACUGACUCAAAUCAGCCUCCACCCAUAGAAGUUUUUGCGCACAGCUCCAGCUUGCACGGAAUCUCUCACAUCUUCACGUACGAGCGGUUCUGCAUCAAACGCUGCCUGUGGAUCCUGUUUUUCUUGAGCUCCCUGACCUUCCUGUUGUACGUGUGCGUGGACCGGAUCCACUUCUACCUCGAGUACCCGCACGUCACCAAACUGGACGAGGUCACGACCCCAAUCAUGACGUUCCCAGCGGUCACUUUUUGCAACCUGAACGCGUUCAGGUUCAGCCGGGUGACGCGCAAUGACCUGUACCACGCAGGGGAGCUGCUGGCCCUGCUCAACCAGAGAUAUGAGAUCAGGGACGUACACCUUGUGGAGGAGAGUGUUCUGGAGAGCCUGAAGGUCAAAGCCGACUUCCACAAUUUCAAGCCACGACCUUUCAACAUGCGGGAAUUUUAUGACCGGACCGGUCACGACAUAAAUGACAUGUUGCUGUCCUGCCAUUUCCAGGGGACCGAGUGCAGAGCGGAGGACUUCAGAGUGGUCUUCACUCGCUACGGGAAGUGUUACACCUUUAACGGAGGUGGUGACGGACGGCCUGUCCUAAUCACCACCAAGGGAGGUAUGGGUAAUGGCCUCGAGCUCAUGCUGGACAUUCAGCAAGAUGAAUACCUGCCAGUCUGGGGAGACACAGACGAGACAUCGUUUGAAGCUGGGAUCAAGGUUCAGAUCCACAGCCAGGACGAGCCAUCCUUCAUCGACCAGCUCGGGUUCGGAGUGGCGCCCGGCUUCCAGACAUUUGUUUCCUGCCAAGAACAAAGGCUGAUAUAUCUUCCCCCACCCUGGGGAGACUGUAAGGUGACGCCCAUGGAUUCAGACUUCUUUGAUAGGUACAGCAUUACAGCCUGUCGCAUUGACUGUGAAACACGCUACCUGGUGGACAACUGCAACUGUCGCAUGGUGCACAUGCCUGGCGAUGCACCGUACUGCACCCCUGAGCUGUACAAAGAAUGUGCUGAUCCAGCUCUUGAUUUCCUGGUGGAGAGAGACAGUGAUUUCUGUGUGUGUGAGACACCGUGCAACAUGACCAGAUACAGCAAAGAGCUGUCCUUCGUCAAGAUCCCCAGCAAGGCCUCUGCCAAAUAUCUCGCAAAGAAAUACAACAAAUCUGAGCAGUAUAUUAAGGAGAACAUCCUGGUGUUAGACAUCUUUUUUGAGGCUCUCAACUAUGAAACGAUUGAACAGAAGAAGGCGUAUGAAGUGGCUGGACUUUUAGGUACAGCUUUAAUGGAAGCCUUUACAGUGUGCGCUGUAGACGGGCUGUCUGUUUUUGUAGAAGGUUGUGUUUCUAAGGGAAUCUUCUGUUUUCUUAUUGCAGGUGAUAUUGGUGGUCAAAUGGCGCUUUUUAUUGGGGCAAGCAUACUGACUAUUCUGGAGAUAUUUGACUACCUUUAUGAGGUGAUAAAGUACAAGCUGUGUCGCUGCUCUGAUAAUAAGCACAAGCACAACAGCAACAACGACCAGGGAACAGUCCUGAGCUUAGAUGAUGUCAAGUGUCACGUCAGUAACUUUCACUAAAUGGCUGUGAGGAUGAAGCCGCUCUCUUACCUCUGAGCCACGUCAUAGACUUUAUUCUUUGCCAUUUGCCAGGCUGCAACAGAGAAAGUGUUUGAACUGUGCCUGGUGACGGUUUGUGAACAACAAGGUGGAAUACAGUAAUGUGGAUAUUGGUAAGGGGACAGACACCAAGCGGAAUACAGUGCUCAACAUGUCCUGAAUUCAAAGACGUUCAAAUAACUGCAUGGUCAUGUGUAAACAGCUUUUAAAGAAAUAGUAUAUCGACCCAUGAACUAAGUGAAUGCUCAUAUGUGUUCAGUACACGAGCAUUACAAAUCCCAGCUGUGUAGUGGUGUUUGUCAUCUGUCAUUUUGAAGGAGCUUUUCUAAAAUAAUUGGUGUGACAGAUUUAUUCAAACUCACAAAAUGUCAUUUGUUUUGUUUAGACUUUAGUAUGUCAGCACUGUAUACUUUUCACCUCCCUCCUUCAAUGAAUGUUGAUAAUACUUUAUUUUAAGGUGUCCAUAAAUUCCAAUUUAUUUCCAAAUAAUCUCAUAAGACAUUUCCUGGAAAUAACUAUAUACAGUUAUUUGGUGCUAAGUCUAUAUAUUUUGGUACCUCAGAAUGUUAACCUAACACAACUUGAGACUUUUAUUUAGAGGAUAGCAGGGGAGCUGCAACUGCCAAAUGUGAAAUGUGUCGACAGUGUAUAAUUAAGCAUAAAAGAAUGGAAAUUAUAUAUUUAUUUAAACAGACUAGUAAGAAAUAUCACUGGGGUUUAAAUGGAGAGCUUUCUUUCAUAGAAAUGAAGCUGUGAUAAACCACUAAAAUAGUCUGUUUUUCAUAUGCUUAGUACCAAACUAUAUGGUUCUUUCCAGGAAAUGUUCAGUAAAUUAUUGAGAAUUACAGGACCUGUACAACAAAGUGUUAACGGUUUAUUUUCAUCUACUGUAAUUCUUUUUCACCAGAUUUUUCUGUUCAUUUUAUGCAACCUCGUCUUAAGACAACGUUCCCUUGUUAGGCCCUGAACAUGAGCGUUCUGCCAGUAUACUGUACUACCUCAUCUUGAAAGGUGACAGUACCAUGAAGACUACAAGUCAACAUUAAUAACAGAAGGUCAUUUUAUGUACAGAAAUAUAAAUAGAGAAGAUUGAGAAAGUAGCAUUAAAGCAAGCCUACGGUAGGUAACAUCUGCUGAGCAGCAGUCAUAGUCAUGUCACAGCACAGAUAAAACUAAUACACCUAAUAUGAUUAAUGCUUCAGUUUCAGGCUUCUGGUGUUGUGCAUGCCAGCUCAGCGACAGGGCUUACAGGACACUUCAACAACAUGGAGCCAUAUAGUUAAUGUUAUUAGUAACACCUGUGCUUUUCUAUGAUGAGUUAAAAUGUCUACUGUGAAAAAGGCUCAAGUCACAACAGGAUAAUGGUAAACGCUAGUUUGUAGUGUAACAGAACCACUAGUUGUAGAGUCGGAAAACUGAUCCAGUAACAUCCAUUAUGCAGCAGUAUCUCACUAAUGUUUGCUAACAUUAGCACAACAAGCUACUGUCAGACCAGAAGAAGCAAAAGCAAAAUGUCUGAAGGUACUGAAGUGAAUGAACAAUAGUUUGAAAUAACAUGUUUGAUUUCUGACAGAGUUUGAUGAGAAGAUUGAUACAACUUUCAUAUCAAGAAAUAUGAAGCUAUAUCCAAUAUCUAGAAGUGUGGGAAAUAGCUAAACAGUUUCUCUCAAAUGGUAACAGAACCCACCUAGCAGCACCUCUAAAGUUCACUAAGACAUAAGGUGUUUUGUUUGUACAAAAACCAAAACAAGUUAUAUACGGUUUAUGUUCACCUUUGGACAGAUCCAGGCCAUCUUUGUGCAAAUCUACAGUAUAUAGGAUUAUGGCUACUGUAAAAAA